AAAGAGAAAUUUAGAGAAGCGAAAUUAGAAAAUUCUGAAUUUAAAGGAUUACUAUAGUCUUUAAUUUCGCCUCAUUUUGUUGCAUUUUGUAAUUUGAGCGCGAUGCUGAUAGAUACAGUCUUAAAUAUAUUAACUAUGACUUAUUUUGGAGAAAUAAAACGAAAUGAAUGGUUCAUAUUUGAUUUACAACCAGGACAGAAAGUCCAAAGAUUCCCUGACUUCAUAGCCACCGAAAAUUACACGGUUUUGUGUUAAAACACAUGAUGCACGGGGUAAAACCACCCUGCCUACUGAUACACAAAAAACAAUUUCAAAGUAAAUCCAUUUUGGCAAUCCCUGAUAUUAUGAUGAAUUAGUUGAUUUUUUACUAAAAAGGAUGUGCUGGCUGGAACCAAGGCCGUGAACGCCAUAGUGUGUUGGUGCAUUUCCAGCCGUAAGUCGGCACGGUGAAGCAGAGCAAAAAUGAGGCAAGUGUGGCUUAUGGCCUUUUUAGGGCUUGUGACUGGUGCAGCUGGACAAUUCAAUCCCGACAGUUUCGUUGGCCGGCUGGUUGUUUCUGCUAUUAAACACACCGUGCAAAAGCGGAGCUUGCCAGAAAUCAUGGGAAUGGUGUCGGGCAUCGCUGGAAACGUGCCGAGCCUUGCAAUUCUCGGGCCAAACGGAGGAAUCAACCUUCCAGAGAUUUUGAAUACGGUCUUGCCGGUUUUCGGAGAAGCCUCAGAUGGAGUGAGGUGUUGUAAAAUUAUACAAGUACCAGACGUGUUUAUGGAGAAUCUAGUGACGUGCAUCAUUGAGCCGGCAAAUGCGAUGGGGCAGAAUAUUUCAGCAAGAAAAUCUCAGGGCUUAGAGGAAAAUUGCCAAAUUAUACACAGGGAAAGGGAAGAUUAUUUUCACAAUGAUUCAGUUGAAAAGUUUUGCCAAGCGCCGAAAAAGUCGGAGAUGCAUGUUAAUUUGAAAUGGAAAAAAACAAGCAUGAUUCACCCACCUGUUAGUUUCAAGGAACUAUCUACUUUGAUGCAGUCAGAAUUGUGUGCGAUGAAAUGCACCUUCCAGAAGGAAAAUAAGCUAGGCAACGAUGGCUUGCCGAACAAGGAACUUAUGUUGGAUAAUGUUAACGCGGCCUUCAAGCCUGAAGCAGUAGAGACGGUGAAACUAGCAAUCGAGGCUUGCGACAAAGAAAUGCGCAUCUCGCAAAAAUCGCUCGAGCAGGAAAUGUCUGAAGAGGACAAGUGCUGGGCUUCAAAUGCCAUGGUCGGCUGCUUAGUUGAAAAAUUCCACGAGCACUGUCCACCAGAAUCCAGGAUCGCAGGCAGCCAGUGUCUCGGUAAUUUGGGCUCAAAGUUCUGGGGUGACUUGCCAAGAAAGCUGAAGACAAUUAUUAACGACUUUAAAGGAAAUUUGAUGAAGAAAUAAUGCAGUUUUACUUUAAUUUGGUUACUGUUACUGUUCACCAAAUUUUUGGUUGGUACCAAAAAUAUAUUAAAAAUUAUAG